UCCUCAACUCUCAACCCCCUUUUAAUUGCCGAGUCCAUAGCUCCGUUUGAUGACUUCAGACCCUCUCUCUCUUCUAUUCUCUUCACUUCUCUCUCUCUCUCUCUCUCUCUCUCUCUCUCUCUCUCUCUCUCUCUCUCUCUCCUGGAUAGUGAUCGUGAUUUAUGGCCAGAGGGGGUGGACUCUCCUUUGAUUUAGAUCCAAGAGCCUUCUUUCUUCACAAUCACAAACCUGUUGUCAUCAAUUCCUUCCCCGAAGAUAACAGCAGUCCCAGUUGGAAAAAUAAGGUUGGAGCAGCAGCCAUGGAGCCCACUGUGAAGAGCCAGCAGUCCUCUUCAUCAACCAUCCAGUUCCCAGUCAACCUCAACUGCGCCCACGACCAGCUGCCGUCCGGCGAGAAUCGGACAGUCAUUGACGAGAUGGACUUCUUUUCCGAUAAGAAUAAAACCGAUGUUGCCAUGGCUGAUGGUACUCCUGAUGACGAAGGCAAGAAAGAAGAUUCAAUUGGCCGCACCGGAUUCGAUUUCAAAGUUAACACUGGUUUGAACCUUCUCACCGCGAACACCAGCAGUGAUCAAUCCAUGGUGGAUGACGGGAUAUCGCCGAACGCGGAAGAGAAAAGAGCUAAGAGCGAACUGGCUGUUCUUCAAGCUGAGGUUGAACGGAUGAACACAGAAAAUCAACAUCUGAGAGACAUGCUCAGUCAGGUUAGCAGCAAUUACAGCAACCUUCAGAUGCACAUGAUGGCACUGAUGAAGCAACAGAAUAUUGAAAAAAGUGAAGGGCAUGAUCAGAUGAUGGAUGGGAAAGAGGAAGACAAGAAACCUAAUAUGGUUGCUGCAGGUAAUAACAAUGGUGGAGGAGGAGUUAUGGUGCCCAGGCAAUUUAUGGAUCUUGGGCUCGCGGCCGCUGCCGAAACCGAUGAGGGUUCUCCGGCUUCGUCCGAAGGAAGAAGCCGGGAUCGAUCGGGAUCUCCAAUGCACAACGUUGAAGUUGCGUCUAAGGAAGCUCUCCCCAGCUUCGAUCAAGAGAAGAAUGAAUUAAUUAGUAGUGGAAUUGGGAGGGAAGAUAGCCCAGAUCAGGGACCCCAAGGUUGGGGCUCUAAUAAGGUUCCUAGAUUGAAUUGUACUUCGAAAAAUGCCGAACAGUCUGCAGAGGCCACAAUGAGGAAAGCUCGAGUUUCAGUUCGCGCUCGAUCUGAGGCUCCCAUGAUAAGUGAUGGAUGCCAAUGGCGAAAAUAUGGACAAAAGAUGGCAAAGGGGAACCCGUGCCCUCGCGCCUAUUAUCGAUGCACCAUGGCUGCUGGUUGUCCGGUGCGAAAGCAAGUUCAAAGGUGUGCGGAAGAUAGAACAAUCCUCAUCACCACAUACGAAGGAAACCACAACCACCCUCUGCCUCCGGCCGCCAUGGCCAUGGCGUCCACGACAUCCUCGGCAGCCCGAAUGCUGCUCUCAGGAUCUAUGUCGAGCGCCGACGGCCUCAUGAACCCUAACUUUCUCGCAAGAACACUCCUCCCUUGCUCCUCAAACAUGGCUACCAUUUCGGCUUCUGCCCCAUUUCCCACUGUCACGUUGGACUUGACCCAAAACCCCACUCCUUUGCAGUUCCAAAGGCUUCCAAGCCAGUUCCAAGUCCCCUUCCCCAGCCCACCCCAAAACCUCUCUUCCUCAGCCACUGCCCUUCUGCCUCAAAUCUUUGGACAAGCACUUUACAGUCAGUCCAAGUUUUCUGGGCUUCAGAUGUCUCAGGAUCAGAUGGAAGGUGGACAACCUGUCCACCAACUGCCGGCACCGACGUCUCAGCCAUCGAUGUCGCCGCCGGGUUCGUUGGCCGACACCGUGAGUGCGGCCACCGCCGCCAUUACGGCAGACCCGAACUUCACCGCUGCCUUGGCGGUGGCUAUUACUUCGCUCAUUGGUGGUGCAGCUCAGCCAAACAAUGUUGCUAACAAUGGCGCCAACCUUACAUCUGCAGCUGGUAACAGUGCUGGGAAUGUUACAGCUGCCAGCAACGGGAACAGCAAUGACAACAGUAAGAUUAGCAGUUCAAGUUUUGCAGGAGGGAAUUGAUCGAAUGGAAGAGGUCAUUUUCUCUUUUUUUUUUGGUUUUGCAUUUUUUUGGGGGGAUGAACAUAGAUUUCACAUUCUUUCUUUCUAAUUUGAAUAAGUUCCUAUUUUUGGGUGAGCAGUUUGAAUAAGUUCGUCCAAACUGUCUUUGUUGAUACGCAAGAAAUGGGGAAGAAGAAGAUGAAUUUGAAAGUUAAAAAAAAAAAAAGAGAGAGAAAGAAGAGUAUACAUUUGAUUGUCCUUCAGUUUCGUUUUGAUCUGGAAAUUAGAGGAAAAGGGUUUCAUUUUUUUC